GUCGAAAUUGAAGAUAAACUAUGUUUCAAAAUUUUAUUUUAAUUUUUUUCUUGUUUUCUCCUCUUUUAAACUGUUCAAUUAAGUGUUUUUUUCAUCAUUUAUUCUCUACAAAAAACCUUCCAUAAAAGGAAAAAAAAUGUACGACGGAAUGAAAGACAGAAAUGCCCAUUUUUUUUAUACAUAUAGAUUUAUUUAUUAAAGGUAAAUUGAGCAAAUUGGCUAUUUUUGGUAAUUUAUUUAAGUGUGUAUCAAACUGGUAGACAUUUGCAUUAAUCAAUACCCAAGAAGUAGCUCUUGGUUUCAAAAAGGUUGGUGAACCCUGUCCUAAACAUUAUGGGUACAACUAUUCGACAGCGUGGCGUGGUUGGGAGAGUGGCCGUCCCAGCAACCUGGGGGUUCCUGGUUCGGUUCCCACCUACUACCAAUCUCGACACGUCCAUUGUGUCAUUGAGCAAGACACUUCACCCUUGCUCCCGAUGGGCAUACUUGCCAAACUUGAGACCUCCGAAUUCGGGAGAUGGGGGGCGGGAUUUGGUGGUAGCUGGGUGUAUAUUGUAGCGUCUCGGAGGAGUUAGUGCUGCAAGGGUUUCAGGGUAUUUGUUCUGUUGUGUUACAGUGCGGAUGUUCUCCCGAAAUGUGAUUAUCAUUCUUGUUUGGUAUGGGUUCACAGUGUGGCACAUAUUUGUAACAGUGUUAAAGUUGUUUAUACGGCCAAUCUCAAUGUGAGCUGUAUGGCUGUUGAUCAAGUAUGCCUUGCAUUCACUUGUGUGUGUUUGUAAAAGACGCAUAUAUCAUGUGACUGGGCCGACACGCUGUUUGUACGUAGGAAAAGCGGACGUUACAGGUUGUAGAGGAUGCUAAAGGCGGUGCAUUCAAGGCACGCCCUCAAUAUUGUUGUCCUGGGUUAGUGCUGCAAGGGUUUUGGGUAUUUGUUCUGUUGUAUUUGUCGUGUUACGGUGUAAAUGUUUUCCCGAAAGGUGUUUGUCAUUCUUGUUUGGUGUGGGUUCACAGUGUGGCGCAUAUUUGUAACAGUGUUAAAUUUGUUUAUACGGCCACUCUCAGUGUGAGCUGUAUGGCUGUUGAUCAAGUAUGCUUGCAUUCACUUGUGUAGUUUGUUUUAACGAUUCGAAUCAGAAUUGGUUGUUGACGAUAUGAUUCAGGGACGAUAUACAUAUAUAUAUUUUUAAUAGCGAUACCAAAAACUAUAAAAAUGGGACCCAUUACCUCCCUGCUUAGCACUCAGCAUCAAGGGUUGGAAUUGGGGGUUAAAUCACCAAAAUUAUUCCCGGGCGUGACAACCGCUGCUGCUCACUGCUCUCCUCAUCUCCCUUGAACAAGGGGAUGGGUCAAAUGCAGAGAAUUAGUGCCUCAAAGCAUUGGUUGCCAUGGCGACUUCUGGAUACUCAGAAGACCUCCAGCCUCAGCAGACCAACACAGUAACCAUAGCAACACCGGCUGCCACCACACCCUCAUCCGCCAAGACAUCAGCACACUUCCUGGCCGGACUACCACUAACCUCUGGGAGCGUUGCAACAGCAAACCAAUCAGCCAUGGCCUCCAAAACUGGACAGGAUGCACUUUCUUCCCAAGCCCCGCCCACCCAGGCUAGGAGCCAGAAAGCAGCGGUUUUGACGGCUCCCCCACAACAGUACAUUAGUCCCGAGAUCCAACACACUGUGUCCCAGAAGAGUAAUGGUCAGAGCACAUCACCCCAGUACAUCAUUGUGACGGUUACAGAGGGUUCUGUUCACUCCAAUGACAGUCGGUCAGACUCCAGCUCGCCUGCCCCAGGUGUGUCUACACAGGUGGGCCAGCCAGUGCAGACCACCCCCCAGCAGAGGUCAGUGUUGCAGGCGGUGUCACAGGCUGGCAAAAGGAUCCAGUCCACGCCCAUCAACAACCUACAGGCUGUGCAUAUCAACCAGGAGGUGGAGCAGGUGUAUUCUGGCCAGGUGCAGUAUGUGGACGGAGGAGGCGCCGACGCAGCUUUCAGCAUGUCCGCUAUUCGUUCAGCCAGUUAUUCCUUUUCCGGCUCGCCCCUUUACUCGCAGACCCCUCCCGCAUCCUCAAACUUCUACGAGGCCACGUCCAGCUCGGAGUCCGACAUCAGCGGCUCCGCGGCAGUCUCGGGUGCCGCGAGUGGGGUCACCUCAGCGGCAGGUGCCGGCUACGUCAUUCAGGGGGCUUAUGUGUUGGGAGGAGGGGCAGCGACAGGAGGACAGAGUUACUCCAGUCCUAAUUCACGUGCUCCACCAGCCACCGUGCAGUGGCUGUGUGAUAACUACGAGGGGGCAGAAGGGGUGAGUCUACCACGCUGCACCCUCUACUACCACUACCUGCUACACUGCCAGGAGCAGAAGCUAGAACCAGUCAAUGCCGCCUCCUUUGGCAAACUCAUCAGAUCCGUCUUCAUGGGCCUGCGCACUCGAAGGCUCGGGACCCGAGGGAACUCCAAGUACCACUACUACGGUCUCAGGAUCAAAUCGGGCUCCCCUCUGCUUCGACUGAUGGAUGAACAGCAGCACAUGGCAAUGCGACAGCAGCCUUUCUCACAAAAGAACAGGAUCAAGUCAGUUCAGAAAACACAGGGCAUCACCAACGGGACAUCUGGGGGUUUGGGCCAGCAGCAGACGGCAGUGGUUUGUGAUAUUUCUGCACAGGUGCAACAGUACCAACAGUUCCUGGAAACUUCACGGCCACUGCCUGACUUUGUGGACAUGAAUCUGCAAGAGCGUGGUCUGCCUGAUGGGAUCCUCCCUGAACACCUGAAGGCCUUUCAGAUGCUCUACAGGGAACACUGCGAGGCCAUUCUGGAUGUGAUGGUAAACCUUCAGUUUACGCUGGUAGAAACCCUCUGGAAGUCCUUCUGGAGGUUCAGCCAAGGCGGCGACCCAGAAUCUCUCAACCUGCACAGUGAGUCGGAGAAACGUCUGCCAAAGUCGUGCCUGGUGCUGCUGUGCAAGUUUGAGCCUGUGCUGCACUGGACCAGAGAGUGUGACAACCUGCUCUAUCAGACCCUAGUGGAGAUCCUCAUCCCUGAUGUGCUGCGACCCAUCCCCAGCGCCUUAACUCAGGCCAUUCGGAAUUUUGCAAAGAGUCUAGAGAGCUGGCUGUCAGGCGCCAUGAUGAACAUCCCAGAGGAGAUGGUCCGCAUUAAGGUGGUGUGUGUGAGCUCCUUCUCCCAAACACUGCGUCGCUACACCAGCCUCAACCAUCUGGCCCAGGCAGCCCGAGCAGUCCUCCAGAACUCGGCCCAGAUCAACCAAAUGCUCUCCGACCUAAAUCGCGUUGACUUCACCAACGUUCAGGAACAAGCGUCAUGGGUGUGUCAGUGUGAAGAUCGCAUCGUGCAGCGGCUAGAACAAGACUUCAAGAUGACGCUGCAGCAGCAGAACUCCUUGGAGCAGUGGGCCUCCUGGCUGGACGGCGUCGUCUCGCAGGUCCUCAAACCUUACGAGGCUAACCCCGUCGCCCUCCCGAAGGCUGCUAAGGUCUUCCUGCUCAACUGGUCUUUUUACAGCUCCAUGGUCAUACGAGACCUGACCUUGCGCAGCGCGGCCAGCUUCGGGUCCUUCCACCUGAUCCGCCUGCUGUAUGACGAGUACAUGUACUACCUGAUCGAGCACAGAGUGGCUCAGGCUAAAGGAGAGACUGCGAUCGCGGUCAUGGGAGAAUUUGCCAACAGCGUCAAGAGCAGAUCUACCCCGGACCCGGAGAAAGAUGAGGACGAGGAGGAGGAUGAGGAAGAGAGCGAGGAGGAGAGUGCAGACUUGGUGCUGCAGUCCACCUCCCUGAGUAUUCUGGAGGACAAGGAGCUGCUGGAACCGCCGGCCAAGCAGCCCAGGACCACUUUGAACAUGCACAGCCUGACAGACACACCGCCUUAAUCACACUUUUGUUUUGACAUCAUGUCAUCCUGCUCUCUCGUGUGGUCUUCUCAAAAAGAUAGUUUGUUGUUGAGCGUGAGUGUUCUUUAUGCCAAUCAUGUAUUCUGCCAUUUUUCUUCAUCUUCCUUCAAUCAUGUAUAAUCCCUGUGCCUUCCUGGAGCAUUUGGUGGCCAGCCCAUCCCUCAUUUGCCGUAUUUACUCGAUAUAGUAUCUAUAUUCAUGAGUCUCUCUUGCCCAAAUGAUGCAGAGAAAUAUAUCACAUUGCGUACUUGGGCAAUGUCUAUGCAGGGGUCUUGCAGGCACAUUGAUGGAUGCCAUAUUUUACUUUCUGUUCCUUCUAAUUUGGCCAAUUGAUACGCUGUGCCUUUGAGAGCUUGCUAGUUGGAAGAAGCUUGUAUUCUAUAUAUUCUGUAUCGUUGGAUUAAUAAAUGGGGGUUCUGUGAAGUAGUCUCGGCGUCGUCUUGAACUUUUGCAGUUAUUAAAAAAAAAAUCAAGCCUU